GUACACUAUGUGCAUACCUACAUACCUACCUACAAGGUACAUAACCUAGGUUGUAGCUUGCAACACCAAAAGUUACAUUACACGAUCCCUACGAAGCUUAGCCCCCUAUUCGACCUUCGCAGCAACCUUCGCAGCAUUAUCAUAGGCAGCUUUUAUUUACUUACUUACUUACUUACGGACUUACUUUCCAACCUCGCUAGCUAUCCACCGCUCAAAGCAAUACAACCGCAUCGCUACCUGACUCCUCCUUACAUCAGGUAGCUGCACCUAUCCACAGGGGAAAACGCCAAAAAGGAGAAACAAAAGUCGUACCACCCACUGAAAGAUAGAAAGGGGAGGGGGAAGAAGCAAAAGCAGCAGCAGCAGCAGCAGCAGCAGCAGCAAAUAACAAACACAAUGGCCAACCUCCCCUCCCAACACCCGCACCUCUCCCUGCACCUAACCGACCGCUCCCUCACCCCCCUCAUAACCUCAGCGCCGCGCUCCCCCUCGCGCCUCGAAGCCCUAACCUCGCUCUCCCACGCCGCCCUCAGCGCCCACGAAUCCGCCCUGCGCCUCGGCCUAGGCGCCCCCCUGCGCGUCAUGGUCGAGCACGCCGACUCGGGUCCCAUAGUCCUGCAAUCCUUCCUACGCGCCGACGCCAACCCCAGCCCAACAUCCACCACCAGCGACACCGACCCCAACCCUCCUUCCACAUGCGCAUCCGCGUCCGCAUCCUCCACCACCACCACCACCACCACCAACCCCGAGCCCACAAACGGCACCCCCGCCACCCCCGUCGAGCGCCGCCUCCAACACCUACAAUUCCCCGCCCCCGAGCCCCAAGACCCCGACCCCGACGCCAACGCCAACGCCAACGCCCCGCCCAUGCUAAUCAGCGUCGUCGUCGCCCCUAGCGCAGACGAGGCCCGCGACGCGCGCCGCGCCGCGGCUAGGCUCGAGCGCGUGGGCCGCGCGGUACAGGCGCAGUGGGCCGAGGUGCAGAUGGUGCAAGACGGGGGGCCGGGGGAUACCGGAGAUUGAAGUAAGGAGGAGGAGGAGGAAGAAGAAGAAGAAGAAAAGAAAAGAAAUGGAUGGAUGGAUGGAUGGAUGGAUGAAGAAGAGGCCGGGGACAGGGAACAGGGGGAGAAAUGUUAUGGCAACGAUAUAGAGGUAUCGAUCAGCUCGGCCAGCUAAGUCCAGGCCAGGAGGAGGAACUGCCGUGUUCCCACCCAGAGAGAUUCGCUACACUACAGCUUGGAGCAAGCAGUUCGAAGAGGUGCUUCUGGAGUGGAAAGGGGUUGAGAGCGAGUGGAAGUGCAGCCAGCAUGUAGCUAGAAGAAGUCAGCCAGAUUGUCCACGAUGGGAGAUCUACAUGGAUUAUGUGGACUAUCUGACUGGCGCGUUGCUUUAUACUGGGUUACGAGAGGGCCAUCUCUAAAAGCUAUUCUUACUUCAAACACACCAAGAGUACAAUUAUAGCUAGAC